ACAGCGAUUUGGCAAUAGAUAGUAAUAGAUAUACAAUAAAUUUUCUUUGCAUUUUUCCAAUGUAAAGUAUGUGAUAUUUCAGUAAGCACAUAAACUUACCAAUUUUGGUUGUCGCUUGACUAAUCUUUAAACAGAAAAUGGCGACCGCGCUAGAGGAUCGAGUGUUUCAAUCUGUGCUAUUAUUCUCUAUUUAGCGAUUGCUUACUUUUAGCCAUUAAAUAAAGUAUGCUGUGACUUACUUGUACUAAAAAUAUUAAUUUUGUCUAAGCUUGUGCAAUCGUAUAGGCUUCCUGAAGCAAAAUCCAUUGAUACUUUGAAAAUUCAAUACCACAAGUAUGAAAACGACAUGGCGGACUAAAUCGACCAAUGAGAAGCCAGCGUCUAAGCGUUUUACAAUUGCAUGUACUCGCAUUUCGCGUCAUUACGAUUUUGGUGCCUUCUUUCUUUUGAUAAAAAUACUGUGCCUCUCCUGUUAUCAGUGAUUGGGUCGGCUUCAAUAGUACAGUAAGAAAAGACAUUUAUAACGAAGGAAUCCUAGUUUGGAUACGUGAUUGUCUGAGUGUCGCAAAGCGCUGGGAUCAUGACGGCGUUGGAUUUAGGAUGAACUGAAAUGCAAUUCUAUCGUUUUGUUUUUGUAAACAAGACUAUGUUUUUGUGGUACACGUGCGAGUUGGUAUAUAAUUGACAGUUGCUUCAAUGAUGUCGGGAAGAGGGGCUAAGAAACGCGGGAGACCCCCAAAAUCUGGAAGUUUUGAGAAAAACAGGAAAUUUCAAUAUCAUUUAUUGAAAAAACCGAAAUAUUUACAAAAUUUACAUCAGCAAAAUGUGGGAUCGUCAUCUCUUCUAAGCACUCCAUCAGCCUCAAGGGCAUCGUCGCCGCAAGGAAGCGAUGUUAGUAGACGAAGUACAAGAAAACAAAGAGGCGGUAAGACACAUAAGAGUAAAAGAGGAGGUUUAUCUAACGCAUAUUCGCGCAGGGGUUACAACCCACAAGCAGCAGAUUACCAUGAAUCUGAAUAUCAUUACGGAUCAGAUUUCGGUGAUGAAUUUAGCGAUAGGUCAGAACAUGAAGAUGAUCGUGCGAGCGAUAGUUCUGAAGGUACUGUUGGAGAUGGUGCCGCUAGUGAUAGUGACUUCUCUGUAAGCAGUUAUAGUACUUCAGGAGGUACACCCAAAAAGGUCAGCGCUAAUGUUCGAGCUCCAAGUCCUGAUCCAUUAUGGUUACAGGAAGAACGACAAAUACCACCUUUAGAGCUUCCCUCUUCCUCUGAUGAUUUGAUAAUACCACAGGCAUUAGUACUACAAGUUGUGGGCAUAUACGAAGUACUUCGACAUUUUCGUCAUCUCGUGAGGCUAUCUCCAUUUCGUAUCGAAGAUCUGUGUGCAGCUAUAAGUUGUGAAGAUCAAAGUAAUUUACUUGUUGAAGUUCAUAUAAUGCUUUUGAAGGCCUUAUUGAGAGAAGAGGAUGCCCAACAAACUCAUUUCGGUCCUUUGGACCAUAAAGAUAGUGUGAACAUUACUUUAUUUUUAUUAGAUGUUAUGACAUGGCCCGAGGUCCUUAGGAUUUAUGUGGAAAGUGACAAGUCUUUUGACCAAAAUGUUGUUAAGAUUGUGAAUUCAUGCGAAUAUCCUUUUACAUGUGUAGAAGACAGAGUUGUGGUGUUGCAAUUCUUAUGCAAUCAGUUUUUAAUAACAAAUCCAGUUCGAGAUGAUCUGCUUAGUGAAGUUCCUAUACACUAUGAUGAUCACUGCCGUGUAUGUCAUCGUUUGGGAGAUUUAUUGUGCUGUGAAACCUGCCCUGCUGUAUUUCACCUGGAAUGUGUGGACCCUCCACUAGUUAAUGUACCAUCUGAAGAUUGGCAAUGUGCACUUUGUAAGCUGCAUAAAACAGUUGGUGUUACUGAUUGUCUUCCUGAUGCUGAGAAACAAGGUCUGCUUUGUCGUCAUGAGCAUCUAGGAUUUGAUAGACAUGGGCGAAAAUAUUGGUUCAUUGCUCGUCGAUUGUUUAUUGAAGCUGAAAAUGGUGAAGUUUGGUAUUACUCUUCUCCCCCUCAAUUUGAUGAACUACUAAAUAUGUUAGAUGCUCAUGAAAUGGAAGCACCAUUAGUCCGAGAACUUAUGGAAAUGAAACAAGAAAUACAUAGACAAAUGGAUAUAACAGAACGAUUAACUAACCAAUCGAAGGGUAACCGUAAGUCAUACUUGGAAGUAGAAAAUGCUAAUAUUUCUAAGAAAAGAAAAGAAAAAAGUCUUAAACCACAUGGACAAAAUAUGGCUAUAAAAUUAGAUGAUAAAAUUGAAACAGAAAUAUCAACAACUGAUGAAGAUGUCGUAAGCGAAGUGACAGUAACUAGUGAAGAUACUACAAACAUUAAUAACGACGAAAAUCAAGAUACAAAUGAUGAUGAUGAUGUGAAAAAAAAUAAAAACAAUCUAAGUAAACUUAAAGCUAUGAACUCGAAGAAAACGGAAGAUGUUACAGAAAGAGUGACACGUCAGAAAUCCAGUCAAAUAUCUAAUGGGACAUAUUUCUUCAAACUGGGAAAUGAAAAUUCAUUCAAAAAUUAUGUUAAUCAAUACUCUAGUAAUCCAUUAGCCUUGAAUAAACCUCAGCGGAAUGAAGAAAGAGAUAAGAAACGGUACAUGUCUCAUAAAUUUUCUUUAUCAUCAUCUCAAGAGUUUAAAUGGAUUGGUCUUUUAAAUGCUACAAAGCCUCUACUGGUGGCAACAUUAAGACAAACCUUACUUCAAUUGGAAUCUAAUAUUGUUAUACAAUUUAUGCAUCCUAAUUGGUCUCUCUUGCGGAAACCUUGGGUACAAGCUGUACAACUGUGUCAAGCGCCUCGGGAUUUUGCAAGGGCUCUCUGUGUGCUUCAGGCAUGCAUAAAAAGUGCAGUAUUUGUACCAGCCUGGCAUGAACAACUUGGACAUGUCAAACUUAUAAGAACCACAGCAUCUGAGCGUGAAGAACGAAAAAAGCUUGAUAAAAGAGAGAAAAAAGAAAGAGAUGAAGAAGAAGAGCGAUAUAGAACAGCUUAUAAUUUUGUUAAAUAUUCCCUUGGACUUCGGCAUCAGGCAUGGAAACAAAAAGGCGAAGAAUAUAGGAUUCAUGGACAAUGGGGUUGGUUAUGGAACUCUUCCACUAGAAAAUUCAAAAAGCAUAAUACUGUCACUAAACCAAACAUUUCCUGUGGCCCUGCUAAGAUAGCUGUGAGAGUCAGAGAAGGAAAUGUUAUUAAAGUUCUAGCAGUAGAGCCUAAAACAUAUGAAUAUUUAAUGUCUAAUGACACUGCAGAUACAGAUGUUUUGGAAAAAUUACCAACAUCUAUGAGGAAUUUAUCUGUUGAAAAAGACGAUGAAGAUUUUGAAGAAAUUGAUGUUGAAAAAGCUUUAAGUUCUUCUACCAGAAGAUAUUAUCCUAAGAUAGCGAGAAAAUCGAAAUUGGAUGAUUUUCUAACACGUCGAACCUAUUUGAAAUUUAUGGAGGAAAAGAAAAUCGCAAAUUUAUUGACUAAGGUGAAAAAAGAAGAUUUAGAUAUCAAAAGUGAAGAUGACAAAAAUAUAGAUGUGGAAAACGAUGAGCCUGAUAAUGAUUUACCACCAGUCUGCGAGAGUGGUAAUGAGAAGAAAACUGGUACAUCUAAAACAGUUGAUGCUUUGAGAGAUGAAUAUCAAAAACUGUCUCAGUUAACUAAACAUUACAAAUGUUACUCAUCAAGUUGUAAUAAUAUUGAACCAUCUACAUUGUUGCAAGGAUCAGGUGUUAAAGUUAAGUGCUAUUCACCUUUAUGUAUCACUAAGGGGAAACUUCUGAAUGAACUAUUAGUUGUAUUGAAAUGUAAUACUAGUAAUUCUAACAGUUUACUUUCAAAUUCUAAAGAUCAAAAUAAAGUAUCAAUUUUAGAACAGUAUUUAUUGGGGAAGACAGUGGCAGCAGCUCAAAAUUCGAAAGAAAACAUACUCUCUGAUUUAUUAUCAGCAGUUGCUUGUGCCCAAGAGUGUGACAAUAAGAAUUCCGAUUGCUUUGUUAAAAGAAAGUUUAGUGAAGACUGUGAUGUUUCUGUAAAGACAGAAAAAGAUGAUGAUAUGUCUCUUCUUAAAUCUGAAAGCACUUUAGAAGAGUCAGCCGUGCCUGCUGUUGGCAAUGAGAUGGAUAUAGAUAUAACUUCAAGCAAUAAUGAAGAAAAUGAAGUUGAAAUUGGACCUUUGAAAGAGCUCACAGAUGGAGAUCAGCAGUCAGAAAAUGUUGACUCUGAACAAUCACGACCUCCAAUACCUAAACUGAAAAUAACUAGAGGAAAAUCUAAACCUGCAGGUAAUUCAUCUAAUGGAACGCACGGUGAGGUUAAGGAUCCUUCUUAUAAAUGUUCUGUAACAACAGCUGAUAACGAAGAAAAAGCGAAAUAUCGUGCGACUGUUAAUAGACGUUUUGGUCUCAUAAGACCUAAGAGGGAUGAGAAAACGGUUAAAGUAGAGAAAACGGAGAAUGGUGUAAUAAGAAUUUAUUCUGCAGAAAGUCCAUGUGGUAAACUUUAUCUGAAGAGGGUGCAGACAUCUGCUGUAGAAAAGAAAAAGAAACGAACACCUGUGAAGUAUCCAUUAUGUUCAACAUUCCAUACCAGAAGUAAAGCAAAAACUGUCAUGGUAUUACCACAUCAUGAAUUAAGGAAACUUAGUCGGCAAGCAGGACACAGUGCUGUGACAGGAUUCAGUCACAAUGCUAAACCCAAUCAGAGUGUGUGGCCCUAUCCUUGCGCCAGACCUCUAUUUAAAACGUGUUGGUUAUAUCGUACUGUUAAUUUACAAUGGUUAGCUAGUGCCGCCCUUCAACUACGAAUAAUGUGGGCUUGCUUGCGAUGGGACGACAUGUCUGCUAAACCAGCUACUGCUGACGGUAAACAUCAACUGACUACAGACACAGAAAUAGUUUCUCUUGAACUGUUAAAACAUCGACAUAUAGGACAGUUCUCUGAACGUACACAAUAUUUGAGACGGCGUGUUGUUAUCCCUCUUGAAUUACCAAAAACUGUUCGUGAGGUAACAUCAAUUCGAAGCGGUUUACGGAAAAGAAAACGAGCUGAAUCACCCCAGAAUACAGAGCCUCAGGUCUCUGAAGAAUGGGUGGAUGAAGACAAACUAGAACUGUGGGAAGUCCGCCAAUAUGGUGAAAGAACUGAACGUGUAACUCCUGUAACACGCACUUCUACCGGUAAACUGCCACAGCGUACGCCGGCACCACCGCCACCCAAUGCAUCCGACCUCAAAGAUAAGAUGGAACAACAAUUACGUGAACAAAGGGCCGCUCAUCAACAAAAAAGAGCACUCGAAAUGUCACAAGAUAAGGCGAAAACACCAGCACAAAAUUCUGGCAAAAGUACACUAACAUCAUUGUUGACCACAAACGCUUCGACACCGACUGGUCAAAAAACCAUUAUAGGAACGAGGCGAAUCAUCAUGACGAAGGGAGCCGAUGGCUCGACACGUGUCAUAAGUCAGCCCGUAACCGGAACUUCGAAGCCUGCGGUGGAGAGUCCGGCUACGAAUAAAGUUACAGCCACUCCGCAGAAAGAGGGACCGCAAAAAGUUCAGAUCAUUCGCGCUCCCGAUGGUAAAAUAACAGUCCGAGGCUUACUGGCGGGUCAACAACUGCUUCAGAUGCCAGACGGAAAGUUGCACAUAGUGAUGGCUGGUCAGCAGACCUUAGCCGGUCAACUGGUGUCCACCGCCACGGGAAUCAAGGCUGCUGAACUGACACCCGACAAGGAAGAUCGAAAUGUGAAUCAGAUAAAAAAUGUGAACGAAGAAAACAAACAGACGGCGUCGUCGCGUCUAGCGUCGACUGGACAACAAAUUUUAAUGCAAGGCAAUAGACAGCUGGUGAUGCAGCCACAACAGGUGGUCGUGCAACAGCAGCAGCAAGUAGUGGUGGCGCCGCCGCAGCAGGUGGUGGUCCAGGCGGGUGGUCGCGCCCCGCCCCCCCGCUCUCCCCUCCACACGGUGCUAGUGCAAGGCCAACUGUUACCGCGCCCCGCUACGCCCGCCGCUGCCCCCUCCCCCGCGCCGAUAGCACGCACCACCACCCCCCGCCCGCGCCCCCCUGCCACGCAACAGAUCGUCGUCAACAACCCUGCGCUGGUCCAGCAAAUAGCCGCUGGCAAGAUCCAGCUGGCUACGGUGAACGGCCAGCAGGUGUUGAUCCGACCGACAGGCAACAAUCAAGCGCAGAUCGUAGCUCACAUAGGCCAGAGCCCGGCGCCAGCCCCCGCGCCCGUCCCAGUCCCCGCCUCCGCCCCCGUCCCCGCCCCCGCACCGAUCGUGCGGCCCGCGCCCGCUACCCCCCAGCAACAGCAGAUCCAGCAAGUGCAACAGACACAACACAUGACCGAAGAUGAGAUUGUAGAAAAGAGACUUUUGGUCGGUCAGCCGCCCGGUACAGUUAUCAAAACUGUUACUGCGCAGGUUAUGCAGACUAGCAGCGGCCCUAGUAUAGUUUUGCAGGGUCUUCAUGGAUAUUCUCUUACGCCUCAACAAUUGGCGUUAGUUCAACAUCAAGUGAAACAACAAUUACUUAAAGCACAAGAAUCGACUGGUAAACAAGGCAUGCUGGGACCUAGAAAAAUGUACUUAGCAGUACAGCCUGCUCCUACAGCGCCGCCACCACUGACCCCGGUGGUACCGCAGCAGUUACAAACGAUGCCUGUUCCGCAACAGGAUAUUAACGAAGAAGCCUCAAUUAAACAUCAACCCCUUCUAAACGGUGAAGAUAAAGUAGCUGAAGCAGCUAGCCACAAGGAGGCUAUUCCCUCCAAACUAGAGGAUAUACGGGAAAAUAAUACUAAAACCGAUAUAAUUAAUUCUGCACAGGACGGAAUACAGAGUAACAAGUUCGUGCUCACUCCCGAUUACAUACAACAAACUAUCAAGAGCGCUCUCAAGCAGGAGAAUUUAAAUCCCGAGAUCGAGGAGAAACUGUUGCAAUUGCAGCGGUACCAAGAGAAACGUAUGAAACCGGACGCGCCAGUAGAGAGGGAAGUGAGAGCGGUGGCAGUUGCAGCGCAAUCGCCGUCCCCGCCGCCGCGCCGCCGCGCCACCUCCUCGCGGCACGACGACGACGACGAGUGGGUGGAGAGCAGCCCGCGCAAACGAUCGCGACCACCCCGCGCGCCAUCCCCGCCCCCGCCCGCCCCCGUCACGCGGCUCCCUCCCCGCGUCACGCCCCAACCGCAACCAUCACCCGCCCCCGCACCCCCGCCCACGCCCACGCCUGCCCCCACACCCUCCGCUCCUACACCAUCGCUCACACCCGUCUCUGCAUUAGAAGAGAGACGACGCGCCGCCUCCAAUCACUCCCGUUUGCAAAUGUUGCUAUUCAGACAAAAGGAGAUGUUGAAGAAAGACAUCAUCAAGAAGAGAGGUUUACUCGAGAAGGAGCUCGGAGUGGAAAUACAGAAGGAGCUGUCCGCAGAAUUGGCGUUACGAACGAAAGCGGAGCGAAGUAAACAGGAAGAGGUUCGCGGUGGAAAAAAGCGAACAGCGUCUGGAUGCACCCGCGAUUCUACGCCCAAGUCGAACAAACGUAACGUCAAAAAAGAGAAGCUGCUGUGUAUUUGCCGUACUCCUUACGACAAUACUAAAUUUUAUGUUGGUUGCGAGCGGUGCAGUAACUGGUUCCAUGGAGAUUGCGUUGGUGUCACCGAAGAGAUGAGUAAGACCAUGGAAGAAUAUGUAUGUCCGGAUUGUCGGAGAGCAGAGGAAACACAAGAACUUUAUUGUCUAUGCAGACAACCUUACGAUAACUCCCAGUUUUAUAUUUGCUGUGAUCGAUGUCAGGACUGGUUUCAUGGCAGAUGUGUGGGUAUUUUACAAACAGAGGCUGAUAACAUUGACGAAUACAUAUGUCCGAAUUGUCAAAAGAACAAUUCUGUUAACUUUGCCAAUAUGAAGGAGCUCACCCCUAAAGACUUUGAGAAUCUAAAGAGGCUUGUGAAACAGAUACAAUUACAUAAAAAUGCUUGGCCUUUCAUGGAGCCUGUAGAUCCUAGAGAAGCACCCACAUACUACAAAGUUAUAAAGGAACCCAUGGAUCUGCAAACAGUGGAAAGAAAAGUGAACGAAAAGACUUACAGUACUUUGAGUGAGUUUAUUGGUGAUAUGACUAAAAUAUUUGACAAUUGUCGGUACUUCAAUCCUAAAGAUUCCGAAUUUUAUCGCUGUGCGGACGGUUUGGAAGCAUAUUUUGCACAAAAAAUCAAAUUCUUUCGUGAAAAGUUGUUUGAAUCUACUCAAUGAUAAUAGUGCCAGUGUAUAGUGUCUACAAUUAGGAAUUAUGUGAUUGAAUCAAAUUUGCAGAACUUUAAGAAAGAAAUACUUACAUAAAAGUAGCUAUUCUUUUUGUUCUCUAUGAUCUGUAACAACUGUAAAUUAUAAACAAAUGUGAUGAAAUUUACAAAGAAUAAUAAUUUAUAUUAAAAUAAUAGUAAAUGUAUCUAGUGAGUAUGUCAAGUCCUGUUCCACGAUAAGUAUUUAUUGUAUUUAUUACAUGCAUUCUCACUUCAAGACUGGCUCACUCUUUAGAUACUAUUACAAUACAACUCCAGAAAUAAUAAUUAUAUAUGUAUACAGUUUGUGAAAUAUUAUGUUAGCUAAUGUAACUUAGCAAGUUUAGUUAUCUUUGAUAGUGCGUAGCAUAAGAUAAUACCUAUUUGUAUGUAAGAAAUAAAUUUUUAAUAAUAUAACAUCUGAAUGAUGCCUUACAAGUUUCUAUAUUUUGUCCGUUAAUCUUAUCCAUUAGACA